AUGGAAGGCCGGCCGAGCGAGCAGACCGGCGUGACCACGCACGUUGCCCAGACCAGCCGCGCGAGCGCUGCCUAUCCACGCAAGCGGGCUGUCGUAGCAUGUCAGGUCUGCAGGGCGCGACGCACCAAGUGCGACCAGAAGAAGCCGUCGUGCUCCUUCUGCCAGAAGAUCGGAGCCGCGUGCGUGUCUACACCUCACGACUUCUCCACUUUUGACCCGGCUAGUCUCGCCAUCAUUGAGCGUCUGGAGCGCUUGGAGAAGAAGCUCGACGCCUCCAGCUUCCAGCUUCUCCAAUCCGGUGCCGCUGAGCAUCGCAGUGGGGUAGCAUCAGACAAUGCUUCUACAGAUACUGCCCAGCUACAGGCCUUGUUGCCCGAGAAUCUGGAUGCCGUUCUGCGCUGGCCCGUCCUCCGCGACGUUGUGGCUGGCCUUACGCCUGAUCCCUUGCUGUGCGGCAACACCCCGUCCAUCCGCGAAGAGCCUUUUUCGACAAUUAGUGACGAGCUCGACGCCGCUGUCUGCAACACCUGGCUCGAUGCCUUCUUCAACCGAGUUCAUGUUAAGAAUCCCAUCACCGACGAGAGAACCAUCCGGCGCCUGGUCUUGCGAGUCUGUCUGGAAGGAGCCGGCUGGGAUGCCCACUCAUGCCUUGCCCUCCUCGUCUGUGCCAACGGAGCCCUGGUGGAGCCGUUCCCUAGCCCUCCUAUCCAGCAGCCUGAAGUUGUUCCACCUGCCGCCAUGGCCCUUUUCGCCGCGGCACAGAAACGGCUCGGUCCGCUGUUGAUGUCCCCCGGUGUCGUCCAAGCGCAGUGCCUCUUCCUUUCAGGCAACUUCCGGGCUUGGUAUUUCUACCUCUCGGAGAUUUCUCUGUGGCGUCUGGAGACAGAGGCAAAACAUGAGAUGCUUACUCUGCUGGAGAACUGCAGCGGAAGUCUUUUCGACAAGCUCGCCGACCUUGGCGAUAAUGCCCUCCAGCAACUGGCAGAUUGGAGAGUGUCGCUAGCCCCACCAGUCGCCCUGGCAGAACAUGAUGCGUCAGUGGUUGAAGACGAUGUCCUCCGCUUUGUGCUGAGGGGGCGAGUUACGUACCUAAAGGAGCUGAUUUCGUGGCCAUUUCUCCGGGAAUUUCUCUUAGAGAACAACGAGACACCAAGAAUCCGCCAGUGGGCUAUGAAGGGACUUGAGUUUCAUUUAGAAAGACUAGAGGUCAACCGGCCCGGGUUCUACCAUCGUCAUCAUGGCACGUGGCUAAUGAUGCGCUCUUCAGCUCGAAGUGCCACUAUCCUGCUUGCAUUCAACCUCAUUCCAUCCGCUGCAGAGAUCCUACCAAGGGGAUGGAGGAAUGCUGUCGAAGCAACUCUGGAGAUGCUCUACUAUUGGCAAUGUGCGGCAAGCGGUUUUGACACCACAGUUCUUUUGAUCCGACAACUACUCAAGUCCUUAUGAGUUGCAAAGUCCCGCUUGCAGAUUAUCUCUUUAGCCUGUCGAAGUCUCUGUCCUGCAGUAAGCAGACGAAUACUUGGCAUGUGUAGCAGGGGUGAUCUGUAUUUCGGAAACCCUAUUGCGAGGGAAACCCUCCGGAGGCAUUGCUGUACUGAGGCUCGAUUACGGGCAUGAGCGUCUCACCAAUCGUGGGUUGAACUGGGUACGGGCCCUUAAAAUAUGUUGAGGCAGAGGAUUCUGGUCAUUUGGUACCAUAUGCCAAGCCUGAGGAAGCGUUGACACUUAUUAAUUCCCAGGCCACUGGGAGUGCCAUUGCUCAUUG